AUGCAUCUGCAUGGAUCAUCAACCACAAUGAUUAUCGAAGAUUCGAAGAUAUGCCAUCACGCUAUCACAGUAAGCGAUACACCGAUUCACACGGAUGUGUCCAAGAGAUCAAGUGCACCAGAUCAGUUUGAUGGGCUUGAUGGGAAUCCGUUUUUCGAAAGCCACAACAGAAAUCAUGAUUCGAGGCCUAUAGUCCCAGUUCGAAGGUUCUCAAAGCACAACAGUGAGACUGCAAAAGAUGUGCUUGUGAGGCCCAGUUUCCUUGCUGACUUGCUUCAGUUUGACGAGUCGAUCCAAGAUGAUUUCGAUGACGAAAACACAAUGGAAUCAUCAUCUGUGGUAUCAGACAUAACAAAUCCAACAGUUUUCCUUUCCGUUGAGAGGACAGAGUCCAUGUAUUCCGUCGAUACAUACUCAUCAGAGACAUGCACACCAGAAACUCAGUACCAUCGGCUCAGCUCUUCCUCAGGAAGCAAGGAUCUGCCUCCUCAGCCUGUGGCUCGAGAGUUAACAAUUUCCUCACAGGACUUCGAGCCAAGUGAUGAAAACGCCCCCACCUCACCUCCACCGAUGCCGCCGGCACCUCGGCCAUUUUCACCAGCACAAAACAUUUCCCCCCCAAGUCAAGCAAGCCCAACCACAGGAGAUCGUGAUGAAGUACCAGACAAUGACAUUCCACCGCGUCCAUUCUCGCGAAGACUGACAGAAUCACAUACGAUCGAAGAUCUUGCCCUAGACGCAGAUCUGGAUCUGGAUGAUUCAUCAACGGGAAGCUCCAUCGUAAAUCCAACUAACCCAAAACAGCUACCAUCUGCGCUGACGAGACUUGCAAUCGAGUUUCUUCAAGGAGUCACUGUGGGCACCAAUUAUUAUCGACUGAAAAAGUAUGAUGAUACAUUUGUUGGCCGUGAUGCAGUUGAUUUCAUUCUGGAGAAAGGAUUCGCAUGCUGCAGAGAAGAUGCAGUCUUCCUCGGACAGCGAUUACAAAAGGAGCUCAACCUCUUUUAUCACGUGUCUUGGGAUCACAGCCUCAAAGAUGGAAACUACUUUUACAGAUUUACUGAUGUCACUGAGAAAUGUGUUUCAGAACAUCCUAGAAUCUCUUCACUCGAACUUCUUAAGAUUGCUGAGGCAUUUGAGAGAGAUGUCAAAGUGUCGAGCCAUUUCCAUCAUUUCGUGAUGUACAAACGCACAUUUAUUGGAAGCCAAGCUGUCGACUAUUUGGUGAAUUCCGGGCUUGCGAGAUGCAGAAAUCAUGCCGUCUUCCUUGGACAGCGUCUUUUGGAGGAUUUCAAUUUGUUCCACCAUGUGACACAUUCGCAUCAAUUCAAGGAUGAACAUAUUUUCUACCGCUUUUCCAGAAGAUGCGAGUGUGAUUCUUCUUCUACAACCAGCGACGAUGCUUCCUCGACUUCCAUGGGAUCGUUGCUUAUGGCACUUCAAAAGAGAAGCACGGGAAGCAAUGAAAUGAAGCCAAUGCAUAUGUAUUCUUCCUCGCUACGAAGGACGCCUCUACGCUCUAGCUUAAGAUUGGCACAUAGUAGCUCCAAAUUGAAGCAGGAGGGUCGAGCUGUUACUUUCGGUUCCGUGGAAGAGCGAGUCUAUGAAAGGACGCUAGAGAUGCAUCCAGCCACUCGAUCUGGCCCCAGCAUUGGCUUGGGAUGGAAGUACGAAAACAAGGCGUCAGUGCCGCUUGGCAGCGAGCCCGCCAAAGCAACGUCACGCAACAGGAAAGAUUUUCUGCUUUCAAGCAAUACUCGAAAGAGCCUUCUUUGUGAAUGGGGUCACUCCAAAAUGGAAAUGUUCUUGGCUAGUCGAGUUAAUGAAAAAGUCAGAGAGCAACGAAAAAGGAGUUUGAACAACAUUACAGUCAAGACACUGGAUACGACGGCAGCAACGCCAUGCCGUUUAACUUCAUUUACAUAG